CUGCGGGAACAGGCGACGGUUGAUUACGUCACAAGUAGUGGAGGAAGCCAUCGCAGAUCAAUAAUAAAAGUGAAUGAAGUGCUGGCUAUAGAGGGAAGUCGGGUCUAACUAGUAGUUAAAGGAGCUCAACCUCCAUAAUGGAGGCAGAGGCAGAUUCCGCUGCCGAGAUGAAUGGCCAAGAAGAGGCAGACAGUGAUGGGGAGGACAGCGCCAGUCAAUCAGACUCUGAGGAAGAGAGUUCAGACAUGGAUGAUCUUGAUUGUGAACGUCGCAGGAUUGAGUGUCUGGAUGAGAUGUGUCACUUGGAAAAGCAGUUUUCAGAAUUAAAGGAAAAGCUAUUUAAGGAGCGGUUGAACCAACUGAAAGCCAAAUUAGAAGAAGUGACCUCAGGCAAAGCGAUGGAGUAUAUUAACCCAUUAGCUGAUUUACAGAAGAAUAUGAAAAUCAGGAUUGAAGUUGCAGGUAUCUACAGGGGAUUUUGUCUGGAUGUUAUCAAGAAUCGAUAUGAAUGUGAAUUACAGGGGGCAAAACAACAUUUGGAAAGUGAAAAGGUUCUUCUGUUUGAUAACAUGCAGUGUGAGCUACUAGAGCGUAUCCAGAGAUUGGAGGAGGAUCGUCAAAGUAUAGAUAUCUCUUCAGAAUGGUGGGAUGAAGAAUUAAGAUCUAAAAGGAGUCGUAAGAAGUGGGAUCCUUUCCGAUCAGAAAAGAAAAGGAGAGUUCCUCUUGUGUCUGGUCCAUAUAUUGUAUACAUGCUGCGGGAUCUGGAUAUAUUGGAAGAUUGGACGGCUAUCAAAAAGGCCAAAGCUGCAGUUUCUCCCCAGAAAAGGAAAUCUGAUGGUAUAAAGGUUGAAAAGCAGCACUUUAGUGCUCGUUGUGAAGAUGGUUGUCUGUACUACGAGGGAGAGAGCUUUACAAAAGGAGAAGCCAUUAUCCUAGAUGUGAAAGAUGAACCCCCAUCACAGGCUAUCAUUACUGCGGUAAGCACAGGGGAGGUUUGGCUGAGACGGGGAGACAGCAGCAAGACAAAGAUUUACGUGUCACAGCUACAGAAAGGCAAAUACUCAGUCAGGAGGGCAGGAAAAUAAACCAAACCUGCUUCCUUUGAAACAUCUAAAAAUAAUGUCUGCACCGUAGAGAGUGAAAGAAGGUCAAAUUAAUUUGGCAUUCUGUUUGUUUAUAAAGAAAUCCAAAAACUAUUAAAUCGUGUGUGUACAGUGUAAAGUGUGUAUUCAAAUGGUUGGGUCCAGAUCAGAAUUGUGGGCUGAGGAUAUUUUUUUCUUUCUUGCUAAGUAAGCGAGGUAUUGGUAUAAAAUGUGAUGGGAUUUGCAUAAAACACUUUCAUUACAAUGGCAUAUUGCGUGCACAUAGUAAGCUGGGGAUUAGCGUAGGGCAUUGUGCAGUUUUUCAGAAAUAGUAUAUAAUUUUCCCAUUUAAAAUUUUUGCACAAAUUUAAAAUGUAUUUUUGUAACCAGCCAAUUUAGCCAAUAAACUGUUUUUAAAUCUA